AUGCGUGGCAGGAAUGCAACGCUUUGGAACAUCAGCUAUUCCCACUCAUUCUAUUGGGCUGCCCUUCUUCGAUCCGAUUGGAGGCUUGCCACUUCGCUCUUGCUUAGACCACGUCCCGGAGAGUACCCGGAAACUGAGGCUGGGCGACGUGCAUGGACCGAGGAAAAGGACCUGGAGAAAGCACUGCGCCUGAUCCCGCGCCGAUGCGUAGCAGAGAGAGAUGAAUUUAUUGGGAGGGCUAUCGGCGAUACCUCGAAAUCUACGCCUUAUGUACGUGCACGCAUAUCAAUCCUACGUGUGGAAUGCCAUCGUAUCCGAGCGUAUCAAGUCAUUUGGUCGUACCCGGUUGUCGGAGACGUCGUGUACGAUGAUGAAGGUACCAAUAAUAGCUCAGAACGAGAGAAGGCGAUGAAAACGAAGGAUAUUGACGACCUCGGCAACGGAGAAAGUGAGAAAAGAAUGGAAAGUGGCAAGCGGACCGCACCUAGGAAGGUCAAGAUAUUGGCUGAAGAAGAUUUGCCUCAUUAUUCGAUGUUUGAUAUCGUUAUGCCUUUGCCGGGGACGGACGUAGCUGGGGGCGAACUUGGAAAUAUGUACCGGGAAUUCUUGAAACUGGAUGGACUGGAUCCGAAUGACUUCAAAACAUAA